CAUGUUGGUUUCGGUUGCGAGGGACUUGAGCUUGGACCAGAUGCAGAACCUCGUGUUCGUGGUGCCACCGAUGUAACAUGUAACGCAAAUUCAAUCACUUUGACAGUGCGUACUCAACGUGCGAUGCAUGGACGAAUGUACGCUCAGAAUUUUCACGACGCCCCUGAAUGCUCUUUGGCCAGCGAUGGCUCUUCACGUGAAUUGUCCAUUACCUUUCAAGACGGCGAAUGUGGUCUGUACAAAACACCUUCGCAGGUUCGUUCAUAUUUCUUCAACUAA